UUUCUGAAGAGGUCAGAGGCAAUGAUUGGGCUAUUUAAAGUAAAGGAAAAGCAAAGGGAACAAGCUCAGAAUGCUAGUAGAGGAGGAGCUUCUGUGAAGAAGCAAUCUGCUGGUGAACUUCGUCUUCACAAAGAUAUAUCAGAGUUGAACCUUCCAAGCUCUUGUACGAUAUCUUUUCCUAAUGGCAAAGAUGAUUUGAUGAACUUUGAAGUGUCCAUUAAACCCGAUGAUGGAUACUACCAUAAUGGUACAUUUGUGUUCACAUUCCAAGUGUCUCCUGUGUAUCCACAUGAAGCCCCAAAGGUUAAAUGCAAAACCAAGGUUUAUCAUCCCAAUAUAGAUUUGGAAGGAAACGUUUGCCUCAACAUCUUGCGUGAAGACUGGAAACCGGUUCUUAACAUAAACACAGUUAUCUAUGGACUCUUCCAUCUUUUCACGGAACCCAAUUCUGAGGAUCCCUUGAACCAUGAAGCAGCACAAGUUUUAAGGGAUAACCCAAAGCUGUUCGAGACCAAUGUCCGGAGGGCCAUGACCGGUGGAUAUGUCGGCCAAACCUUUUUCCCGCGCUGUAUCUAA